GACCGACCGUCGCCCAGGUUGUGUCGAAAGCAUCCUGGGUUUAGCAACAACUAGCUUCUCACAAUAAAUACAAAGUUGGGCGUAAAUAUUAUACCAAUGGGCGAGUGUUUGAAUGGACUCAAGUUGAGACAACGAAGGUGCGGAAGCAGCAUAAUGGGCCAUUAAAAACAUGCUUCGGUCGCCGGUGUCGAAAGUGGUUAGUUACAACGAACUAAAUAUUAGCGUUAGCCGACGUUUAAACUUUGACGGCCAUCAGGCUAUCGUCGCUGCAACUGUAUUAAAGCAGCAACAGCACAUACUUUACUUGGUGCUGUAACUUAAUUGCACACUUAAAAGUGUCGAACAGUUCCUAAACAGCAGUCUAAUAUGUUUAGCUGUGGUUCAUGUUAAAUCAGUCUUAACGUUGUCACCAAGUUAUUAAUAAUGACUGACGCUACCGGUGAGCAGCUAAUGCUAACAUUAGACAGUUAACCUACAAGUUGUAUAUUAGUUGUUAUUUGUGUGGGGGGGUUAUUGUAAAUCAGUGCCGCUGGUCAUUGUGGACAUAGUGGAGGCAAACGCGGUAUCUUGUAUUCGAGUAAUUUGCCUCUCUGUGUGAAUCUAUUUUUUAUGUAGGUCAGUUGAAUGAUAUAAAUAAUGCAAAACACCACGAUGUCAAAGACACGGGGAUUAAGGUUGGAAAAGCAGUAUUGUCUAAAAAACACAGCUGUUCAGUCCCUGCGAUAAUCCAUAUACACAUGAGGCUUCCGCGGCAUAGUCGUAAUUGCUAAAACCGUGAAGUCAUAUCUAGCACGUAAGAAAUUACUUGGAUUCUCAGUUAACAGUCCGAAGGCAACAAUCAACUUUUCUUUGCGUUAUGUCUGGGGACACAUCGAGUGGUGAUGAAUCUGACUCAAAAUCCAAUGAAAAGGCUUUUACCGUCAGUCAUAUCACCAAUGCUAACCUCACGGGUCAUGCUGAGAGAGUUGGCAUGGAGAACUUUGAGCUGCUUAAAGUCUUGGGCACAGGAGCGUACGGAAAAGUGUUCCUGGUCAGAAAGAACAGCGGCCAUGACGCAGGCCAGCUUUAUGCUAUGAAGGUGUUAAAGAAAGCAGCUAUUGUACAAAAGGCAAAAACAACAGAACACACACGCACAGAGAGGCAGGUGCUGGAGCACAUCCGCCAGUCUCCCUUCCUGGUCACACUCCACUAUGCCUUCCAGACGCAGAGCAAACUGCAUCUUAUUCUGGACUACGUGAGCGGAGGGGAGAUGUUCACACAUUUGUACCAGCGUGAUCAUUUUCCCGAGGAGGCAGUGCGGAUUUAUAUUGGGGAAAUAAUCCUAGCUUUGGAGCACCUGCAUAAGCUUGGGAUCGUUUACCGAGACAUUAAGUUGGAAAACAUUCUCCUGGACAGUGAAGGCCAUGUGGUAUUGACAGAUUUUGGACUCAGCAAAGAGUUUCUGGAAGAAGAGAAGGAAAGAACAUACUCGUUCUGCGGCACCAUUGAGUACAUGGCGCCUGAAAUCAUCAGGGGAAAGACUGGCCAUGGCAAGUCAGUGGAUUGGUGGAGCCUCGGCAUCCUGAUGUUUGAGCUGCUGACGGGUGCAUCUCCGUUCACCUUGGAAGGAGAGAGGAACUCACAGAGUGAGGUGUCAAAACGCAUUUUGCGUUGUGAUCCGCCGUUCCCCUCUAUGAUUGGAACGACUGCUCAGGAUCUCCUGAAAAAGCUAUUAGUCAAAGAUCCACACAGGAGACUCGGCUCUGGACCCAGGGGCGCUGAAGACAUCAAAGCACAUCCUUUCUUUAAGGGAUUAAACUGGACCGAAUUGGCAGAGAAGAAAGUCCCAAGUCCGUUCAAACCAGAGCUGAAGAACGAACUGGAUGUGGGAAACUUUGCCGAGGAGUUUACCGGGAUGGACCCUGUCUACUCUCCAGCCAGCACACCACCAAGCACCGAUCGUCUUUUUAAGGGAUACUCGUUUAUCGCUCCUUCCAUUCUGUUCAAUAAGAACGUGGUCAUGGGAGACUUCGUAGAAGCUCAGAUUAGUCCUGAUCGACCAGCUUCUGCUUCAGUCCAGCGCAGUGCAAUGUUACAGGAAUCCCAGUUUUUUCACCACUACGACCUGUGUCUUCAAGGACCACCCCUAGGGGAGGGGAGUUUUUCUGUGUGCAGGAAAUGCAGACACAAGCAGAGUGGCCACGAGUAUGCAGUGAAGAUUGUAAGCCGCAGAAUGGAGUCCAACACUCAGAGGGAGAUUGCUGCGUUGAGGCAGUGUGAAGCUCACCCCAACAUUGUCAAGCUUCACGACGUCUACACUGAUCAGUAUCACACGUAUUUGGUGAUGGAGCUACUCCAGGGUGGGGAGUUGCUGGAAAGGAUCAAGAAGAAGAAACUUUUUGGCGAGGCGGAAGCCAGUCAGCUGUUGCAGAGCCUGGUCUCAGCCGUCAGCUUCAUGCAUGGCGUCGGCGUUGUACACCGAGAUCUCAAACCGGAGAAUGUGCUGUUUACAGAUGAAGGCGAGGAAUCUGUGCUUAAAGUCAUAGACUUCGGAUUUGCCCGCCUGUGUCCCGCUGGUAGCGCCCCCCUCCAGACCCCUUGCUUUACGCUGCAGUACGCCGCACCUGAACUUUUUGACAGCGCCGGCUAUGACAAGUCCUGUGACCUCUGGAGCCUAGGGGUCAUCCUUUACACCAUGCUGUCAGGCCAGGUGCCAUUUCAGAGCGAACAGUGUGGUAUGACCUCCUCGUAUGCCGCCGACAUCAUGCAGAAGAUAAAAGAAGGCGAUUUCUCAUUGGACGGAGAGGCCUGGAAGGGCGUGUCCGAAGAGGCUAAGGAGCUUGUUAAAGGUCUGCUCACAGUGGAUCCAGAGAAUCGCCUCAAACUGUCUGAUUUGAAGGAGAACAGUUGGCUGCACGGAGGAGCGUCCAUGUCCACCACCCCUUUGUGCACUCCUGAUGUGCUGGAGUCCAGUGGACCGACCGUUCGCACUUACGUCAACGCUACUUACAAGGCUUUUAACCGCGGUAAGAGGGAGGGCUUCUUUCUGAAAAGUGUCGACAACGCUCCGCUUGCCAAGCGAAGGAAGCUCAAGAUGACGAGCACCGGCGUAGAGACCCGAUGGAGUUCGUCGUCGUCUUCCUCCUCGUCCUCCACUUCAUCAUCUGCCUCGGCAACUGCGUCCAAAGCCCAAGCGAAACAAACUGUGAACCCGAAGGGUAGCUAACCUGAUCGUCAGGUGAAGAACUGUUGUUAAAAAAAAAAAAAAAAAAAGUGGUUUGUCUGUACUGUGAAGACAAGAAGUCCUCCCAACGGUAAUGGAAAGACUUUUUUCCUUUUAGAAAUCAUCAUGAUAAACCAAAAGACUGCCAUGGGGUAAGUGCCGAGUUUUUCCAAACAGGAAACUUUAUUCCACGUUUAACGCCGUGUCUCUUUUUUUUUUUCUUCAAAAUCAAAUCUGUAUUUAGAAAAAAAAAAUAUGGAAAAGUGUGGGACAAGUGGAGGAGGUUUAGUUUUUUAAUGCCACUUUACUUUUAAACAGUAUUCUCUCACUGUCAUAUGGUGACGCGAACACUAAAAGUUUGGAGUAUAGAUUAUCGUUCUCCACUCCGGGGUUGGUAACAAUGCCUGGCGAUAAAGGGGGAGGGGAAAAAAAAAAAAGGGAAAAAGCAGCCAUAAAUUAGCAGAAGCCAUACAUAACAGCAAAGUAGUGAACGUGAAUAGACAAUAUCAACAGAGCCAAUGUGAUAAAAACAGACGUUUGUACAGUGCAGAAAGAUUUUUUUUUUUUUAAUUUUUUUUCUUCAAACAUACUUUAUUUACAUUACCUUUACCAUGUGUUUGGAUGAAAUGCAGGUUCCCGGAAGAGUAUUCAUUUUAUUCUCGUACUUGUACAGAAAUCAUAUUGAAAUGUGUAGUCUGUAUACAGAUAAAUGUAAUUUUAACAAGAUCACGAAAAAAAAAAAUCAUAUUUUAAUUUAGUGGAAUGAUCUUAAGUCUCAUGAGUAGUUUCUUCCGUGACACGAUAUCAAAUUGACAAAUUCCAACUACAGACAGUGCAGGCCAGUCAGCAACAGUACGUCAGAGUGUAGUUUUCGAAUCAUUCGUUCGUCAGUAGAAGCUGUACAAACACAUGGAGACAGCCGUGACGAAACGACAUGCGACAUUUCGCAUCAGGCUUUUUUUUUUUUUUUUGUAAAAUACUUCCAUUGUUGUGCUGAACACGUCGGGCAUGCUUUCUGUUGUGAUGAUCAUAUAAAUAUAUGUAUAUAUAUAUUAUAUUUGAAUGUUUUCUAAAUUUGAAUAUUUUUUUUUGGGCCCCGGGUCUGUCACAAAACUUGAAUGUCUCUGUGAACGGAGGCAUUAACCGCCUGCUCCUCUCACUUGCCUUGUGCUUUUGUGAAUCCUAAAAAGCUGCUCUCAGUUGGACCCACCACACCAGCGCCACCUGCGGCUAUCACAUGAGAAUUACAUGAAGUCAAGUUUUUACCGGUGACCCGACCCUGUGGUCGGUUCCGAGCUGUAACAUUUUUGUCUUUUUGAGUCAAUUUUAAAUAUUGCAUAUCUCCAAAGUUGACGCGUUACAGAACAAUGCAUUAAUCACGACUUUAAAACCGCUUCUUGAAAUCUAAAAGUUUUUUGUGUAAAUACACUUCAAUACGUUGAAGCGAAAAAAAAAAAGUUGUAUGUUAUGUUUUUAAAUUUGAUAUUAGUCUUCUGAUGAAAUGAUGUUGUAAUGGUUUUUUGUGUGUGUGUGUGCGUGUGUGUGUGUGUUUGUUGCACAGAGGAAUGAUCAAUUGAACACAUUUCAGCUUUAAAGGUGCUUUUACUGAUAUUUAUUACCUGGAGAUGAUUUUAAUGCUGUGGUAAUGGAAUUGUCAUCGUUUGGCUUCAGUUGUGUAUAAAGUGGGAAGAGAGAGAGAGAGAGAGAGAGAGUGUUCGUGCGUGAGAGUGGCACCGAAAGAUUGGACGAACUGUUAUUCGCGUAACCCGAUGAUGCAUUUUUGCAAGUUACUGUAUUCUUGUCCUGUCGGUUGCCUUUGUCUCUUUGGAGAGAAACGGUUGUUUGUGUUGUUUGGGAAAAAAUUACAUUUUUACCUUGAAACUGUUUUCUCGAUGUCGAUAUUCCUUUUUUGACGUAUCAAUUGUUAUGAUUUCCUUUUUUUUAUUUUUACGAGAUUGCACUGUUAACCAUGUGAUCCCUGGGAGCCUAUUGGUUGCACCAUCUUGUUCCUCCUUGUUGGUGUGAAAUAAACGGGACUUUGAAAUAAACGACCUAUCCAUUUU